ACUAAAGAAAAAAGUAGUCUUUGAGAUCAGAGAGAACACGACUUGGCUUUACAAAUUCACUUCAAAGCCUAAUUUUUUUCCCUGUAUCUCAGAACUUUCUUUCAUACUCACUUCGGCCUUCAAGGCAACUUCCAGCUUUGAAAUGUCUCAAGUACUACGUACAAUAUAAAACCGAUCGAGGGCUUGGCCUUAAUAAUUGAUCAAAAUCAUCAUAGAAAGAGAUCUUGAUGGCAUUGCAAAUGGUACGAUCUCGGAUGCUUGUGUUAGUCAUGAUGUGCCUAGUACUCAAUGCAUUCGCACGAGCAUCGAACGUAAUAAAUAGUUCAUGUCAAGAAGACUGUGGGAAUGUAAGCAUUCCAUACCCUUUUGGAAUUGGAAAUGGUUGUUACGUCGCAGAUUGGUUUGAGAUAGUCUGCAAAAAUGAUUCUUUACGGAAACCCCUUUUGAAGAGGUUCAAUUACCUAGAGGUGCUGGAGAUUAACGUAACUAAAGGAACAGUCCGCGUCAGCUAUCCCAUAUUUUCGAGUUGUACCAAUGUCACGAACAGCACAAAGAAUCUGGAGUUAGAGAAAAUUCCUUUCGGCUUCUCCGAGUUCGACAACAGCUUCGUUGCCAUGGGUUGCAACAACUCUGCCUCCAUGUGGUCCAUUUUUCCCGAUGACUCGGUUUCAUAUGGUGGGUGUAAAUCCCCUUGUGACAGAGCUCCAUUCACAAAUGGAAGUCAUUGCAACGCCACAAAUUGUUGCCAAGCUACAAUUCCUUCUGAUCUCCAAGCAUUCUCUACAACUCUAGAGUCGAAAAGUUCCUACAAUAAUGGUAGUAGAGAGUGCAAGUAUGCAUUUUUGGUAGACCAGAAUUGGUUUGAGACCAGUUUCACAGAGCCGAAUCCAAAUAUGUCCGUUCCAGUGGUAUUGUAUUGGAACUUUGACAAUACAACUUUCUAUUCUCUUCCCACGAUGAAAAACAUGACUGCAAGAGAAUACAAGAAAUCGUCCUAUUCUUGUCAACGGUGGGCUAGGAAGUCAAGAAACUUUACUUCCAUUUUUUGUCAGUGCCGGGGAGGCUACGGAGGAAAUCCAUAUCUUCUUGGAGGAUGUGUAGAUACUGACGAAUGUGCAAGCGCUCACCUCAACCAAUGUACAUAUGAAGAACGCUGUGAAAAUACUGAAGGCUAUUACCGUUGUGUCCCUCCUAAUUAUAAGAACAAGAAGCCUUUCAUAAUCAUAGGUGUUAGCACAAGCCUUGGUGUAUUAUUUCUGAUUUUCGGUGGAUGGUGGUCAUACAAAGUGAUUAAGAAAAGGAUGAGGAUUAAACGCAAUGAGAAGUUCUUCAAACAAAGACUAUUGCUACAACAACAACUAUUUACAAACAUGAAUAGAGUCAAUGUUGAGAACACCAAAUUGUUUAAAUCAAAGGAAUUGGAGAAGGCCACUGAUCAUUUUCGGGCAGAUAGAAUAAUUGGACGUGGUGGACAAGGCACGGUUUACAAAGGUAUGUUGGCUAAUGGAAGAAUUGUUGCAAUAAAAAGGUCCAACAUAGUAGAUGAAAAGAAAUUUCAAGAAUUCGUAAAUGAAGUCGUGAUUCUUUCACAAAUUAAUCACAGGAAUGUGGUUAAGCUACUUGGUUGUUGUUUGGAGACAGAAGUUCCGCUUCUAGUUUAUGAAUUCAUUCCUAAUGGAACUCUUGCUCAGUAUCUCAAUAGCCAAAAUGAGGAGUUUCCACCAACAUGGGAUAUGCGUUUACGAAUUGCUAUAGAAGUUGCAAGGGCUCUUUUCUACUUGCAUUCAGCAGCUUCUUCACCCAUUUACCAUCGCGAUAUUAAGUCUACAAACAUCCUCUUAGAUGAGAAGUAUAGAGCGAAAAUAGCAGAUUUCGGAAUUUCAAGAUCUGUUGCUAUCGAUCAAACUCAUCUAAGCACAUUAGUGCAUGGAACAUUUGGAUAUGUAGACCCUGAGUAUUUUCAGUCAAGCCAAUUUACAAAUAAGAGUGACGUUUAUAGUUUUGGUGUUGUUCUUGCUGAGCUCUUGACCGGAGAGAAAGCUAUCUCGUCAUCAAGAACUGAAGAUACUGGUUUAGCUGCAUUUUUUGUUAGUUCGAUGGAAAGGAACAAUUUAUUUGACAUCCUUGAUAAUCGAGUUUUGAAGGAAGCAGAAAAAGAAAAAAUAAUUGCGGUUGCAAAGAUUGCUAAAAGAUGUUUGAACUUGAACGGAAAGGAACGACCUUCAAUGAGAGAAGUUGCGAUGGAAUUGGAGGCCAACCAAAUGUCGCCAAAAGUUUCUAACCUUCAAGAGAAAUACGGAGAGAUUGAAGAUGUCAGAUCUGAAAUAUCCAAGCAAUAUGAUGUUGUUUAUAUAUCAACAAUGUCAAGUAUGGAUAGUAUACUCGCAACCUCAUCUUUAGAUUCACAACCGUUAAUAUUAUCUUCUUAGUCAUCAUGUGAUGUUACACCUUGAUUUGUGUUGUAUUGUUUGUUCAAUUUCAUCUUGUAAGCUCCAUAAUUUGCACUUUUCAUUGUCUCACAAAGAUAAUCUUAUAUAUGGUAGUAUAAAGCAUAAACAUCCAUUGUU